UCCCCCCAUCCAACCAGGUGGAACUCUGCUUCCUUCCAAUCAGUCAGAGCCGACAACCCCAUAGUGAGCUUCUCGUCUUUGCAUUAAAAACACAUCUAUUUGACCCAUUCGUCUGUUCCUCUCAACCAGUGACUGGUUGUCGCCCCCCCCCCAUCCCUCCACCUCUUCCUCCUCCUCCUCCUCCUCCUCCACCUCUUCCUCCUCCUCCUCCUCCAAGAUGAACUGGGGUGGGCUGCAGUCUCUCCUCAGCGGAGUGAAUAAAUACUCCACUGUGUUCGGACGCGUCUGGCUCUCCAUGGUCUUCGUGUUCCGCUUCUUGGUGUUUGUGGUGGCCGCUCAGCGCGUCUGGGCAGACGAGAGUAAGGACUUUGUCUGUAACACGGCCCAACCAGGCUGCGUCAACGUCUGUUACGACCACAUCUUCCCCAUCUCACACAUCCGCCUGUGGGCCCUGCAGCUCAUCUUCGUCACCUGUCCAUCUCUGAUGGUUGUGGCGCACGUCACGUUGCGUGAGGAGAAGGAUUCCAAGUACUCCGCAAUGCAUGAAGGGUCGCAUUUGUACACUAAUCCAGGGAAGAAGAGAGGAGGCCUGUGGUGGACCUACCUGGCGAGUCUGAUCUUCAAGGCGGGCUUCGACGCCACCUUCCUCUACAUCCUCUACUACGUCUAUGAGGGUUAUGACAUGCCUCGUCUCUCCAAGUGCUCCCUGGAGCCCUGCCCCAACACCGUCGACUGCUACAUCUCCCGUCCCACCGAGAAGAAGAUUUUCACCAUCUUCAUGGUGGUCUCCUCAGCCGUCUGCAUCCUCAUUUGUAUCUGUGAGAUGGUCUACCUCAUCUACAAGAGGAUCCAGAAGCUCAUCAGGAAGAAGGUGGUAGAGAGUCAUGAGACGACGUUGUUGACGGCGCGGAGGUCGAGAUCCAAGUCUACGAGAUCCAAGUUGUCUGUCAGGGAGGACCCCACCAACACAGCCUCCAUUCAGAACCUCUGUAAUGUCAUGACGGAGGCGGCGCCGUCAGAGAAGAAGAAAUAAUAGGUCAUGUGACGCGGUGAAGCUGGAAUGGGGGGGGGUGGGGGUGAAUUGGGAGUGGGAGGAGAGUUUGACCGUCUAAGGUCAGGAGAUAGCAUAUGUCUUAGGGUGGAUUAUAAACUCUAAGGUCAGGAGAUAGCGUAUGUCGUAGGGUGGAUUAUAAGCUCUAAGGUCAGGAGAUAGCAUAAGUCGUAGGGUGGAUUAUAAGCUCUAAGGUCAGGAGAUAGCAUAAGUCGUAGGGUGGAUUAUAAGGUUUAAGGUCAGGAGAUAGCGUAUGUCGUAGGGUGGAUUAUAAGGUUUAAGGUCAGGAGAUAGCAUAUGUCGUAGGGUGGAUUAUAAGGUCUAAGGUCAGGAGAUAGCGUAUGUCGUAGGGUGGACUAUAAGCUCUAAGGUCAGGAGAUAGCAUAAGUCGUAGGGUGGAUUAUAAGGUUUAAGGUCAGGAGAUAGCAUAAGUCUUAGGGUGGAUUAUAAACUCUAAGGUCAGGAGAUAGCGUAUGUCGUAGGGUGGAUUAUAAGGUUUAAGGUCAGGAGAUAGCGUAUGUCGUAGGGUGGAUUAUAAGGUUUAAGGUCAGGAGAUAGCAUAUGUCGUAGGGUGGAUUAUAAACUCUAAGGUCAGGAGAUAGCGUAUGUCGUAGGGUGGACUAUAAGCUCUAAGGUCAGGAGAUAGCAUAAGUCGUAGGGUGGACUAUAAGCUCUAAGGUCAGGAGAUAGCAUAAGUCGUAGGGUGGAUUAUAAGGUUUAAGGUCAGGAGAUAGCGUAUGUCGUAGGGUGGAUUAUAAG